CCCGACUGCCCAGGUGGAGCAGCCUUCGCAGCCAGCGAGACAGGAGCGCACGGGCACGGCGCCGGGCACCGCACCGCAGGUCUCAGCGAGGGGUAGAGCUGAGCCACCGCCUCACGCACAGUCCAGAACCCACUCGCCACCGCCGUCUCCGCAGCAUCAAUGGGGACCAGGAGACUUUAAAGGAGUUUGGGGUUUCAGGAGCAGGGAAAUCACCGAUCCCAGUUCCUGGCCCUCGCCUCGCCGCGUCAUUGAUGGGCAACCAACUGGACCGCAUCACCCACCUCAACUACAGCGAGUUGCCCACAGGGGACCCGUCCGGGAUUGAGAAGGACGAGCUGCGGGUCGGGGUCGCCUACUUCUUCUCGGAUGAGGAGGAGGACCUGGACGAACGCGGGCAACCCGACAAGUUUGGCGUGAAGGCCCCCCCAGGCUGCAACCCCUGCCCAGAGAGCCCCAGCCGCCACCACCACCACCUGCUGCACCAGCUCGUCCUUAACGAGACUCAGUUCUCCGCCUUUCGGGGCCAGGAAUGCAUCUUUUCCAAAGUGAGCGGCGGCCCUCAGGGCGCGGACCUGAGCGUCUACGCGGUCACCGCGCUGCCUGCGCUCUGCGAGCCCGGCGACCUGCUGGAGCUGCUGUGGCUACAGCCGGCUCGGGAGCCGCCCGCGCCCGUCCCGCACUGGGCGGUGUACGUGGGCGGCGGGCACAUUAUCCACCUGCACCAAGGCGAGAUCCGCCAGGACAGCCUGUACGAGGCGGGCGCGGCCAACGUGGGCCGGGUGGUGAAUAGCUGGUACCGCUACCGCCCGCUGGUGGCCGAGCUGGUGGUGCAGAACGCCUGCGGCCACCUGGGCCUCAAAAGCGAGGAGAUCUGCUGGACGAACUCGGAGAGCUUCGCCGCCUGGUGCCGCUUUGGCAAGCGGGAAUUCAAAGCCGGAGGGGAGGUGCCCGCCGCCACGCAGCCCCCGCAGCAGCAGUACUACCUUAAGGUGCACCUGGGCGAGAACAAAAUCCACACCGCCAGGUUCCACAGCCUGGAAGACCUCAUCCGCGAGAAGCGCCGCAUCGACGCCAGCGGCCGCCUGCGAGUGCUCCAGGAGCUGGCCGACUUCGUGGACGACAAGGAGUAGCCUGUCCCCCGCCCGUCUCCGGCGCCGGGCUCCCUUGGUCUGUGCCGCCGGGCUCGCGGCUGGCAGCUCUCCAUCCCCAACCCCCGCGUGCGUCCGCCGCCGGUGGUCAGUGCGGGGCUCCACCUUCGCACCCCUCCGGCAGACGGCAGGAAGUCUCAGGAACUGACCCCGGGACUGAAAGAGAGCCCCAGCGCUGGUAACGGUGUGGGGGACCCAGAGUGCUUUUCCCUUGCGUUGUCAAGGGAAGAAGGGGAAUGGGCAGAGGGGAGUGGGGACGUGACCUUUCCCGUGAGUCAGUGGUCAGUGGCUUGCACCUGACAGGGAAACGAGCCAUUGCUAAAAAGGGACCUUCACCACCCCAAAUGUGCACAUACAGGCCAGUCGGAGGCGAGGAUUGGCCGAUUCAGGGCACCGUUCACCUCCUGUACGAAUGUGUCCCCAGAAUGCAGGAUUUCCAAGAAAUCAAGCCUGCCCCUUGUGCACUUGGGAAUAGUUCUGCGAGAGAGCACUUCGGGACUCUGGGCUAUCCUGAGGCUGCCUGGGACUCUUCAGCUCUCCAGCCCCAGGUCUCCUGACUUUAUUCCAGGCUCUGGGCUAAGCUAGAUAGUUUUUGCUUCCUGUCUUUGCAUCAGAGGAAGCAGUCGCCACCCCACCCGCAUUUGCCUGUGAGUCUCCCUCCAUGGCAGAAGGGAAGCCUUCCGGUCCCGGGAGGACAAUGGCAUAGCUAAUUUGACAUGGAGAGCCGGCCCCACCCGGGAAAAGGAGAUAGUUCACCUGGUGUCUGGGAACUUGAAUGGGUGCAGAAGGGCGCUUAUUGUUCUGAACCCUUGAUUACUCCCUCCUCGGGCUGCAUUUCAAAAAUAGUCAUAUUUUUAAAGGGAUUGGAGGAGUGGGAGGGGGAGGACACGGCAACAUUCCAGAAACCAGCAUCAUGACAACACCAUAGCCAGUAUCUUUAGCUCGGCUUUUCCUAACGUAGAAAUCCUAGAAGGUGGGGAAAUGGAAAUUAAGUUUUAAAAACGAGAGAGCAGUUUUCCAACUAUGUCAACAAAGCCUAUCGUGUUGAUGUUUUAUUGACCAUUUUAGCAACAUGCUAAUAAAAUUUCAAAUUGAAAUUUUUAUUUUCAUGGCUUUAAUCCAUGAUAGUUUAAAUACUGGGGGCCAUUAAGAGUGGAUUUAGCUAAGAGCUUAGCUAACAUUGCCUUUCACUCUAUUUUUUUCUCAAAUCUUAUGAGAAUUCUGUUUUUGGAUAUUGUAGUUAAUUUUUUGGCUUAAACAGCAGCCCUGGUAAUGGUGGAGUUGUUGAUUAAUGUGUACAUUGUACUGAAUUUCUGUCAGUUAAAGGGUUUUGGUGGAAAUCUCUAGCAGGUUCCAUGGUGGUUCUUUUCUCCAUGUUGUAGAUCAUUACCAUUUCACAUUUGCAUUUCUAUUUUUUUUUUCUCUUCUACUGAUCUCCUUAAAAAGAAAUCUAAAGUUUGUGUCUCCUCCUUCUUUAGCUAGUCCCACAGUUCAUUCCUGAAAACAGGGAAUAACUUGAAGAAUUGGGACAAACAUCUAUUUUCCAAAAUAUUAAGGUUGCGUGAAACUCUUUCCUUGAGCAAGGGUUUACAAACUUCUGCCCUUGGGCUGUAGCCCCAGUCCAAAUGAUUGUUACUGACUGAUUGUGAUUUGGCUCUGUAUAUUAGACACCUUGCAGCAUCUGUCUCUUUUGAGGGAAUCUGUCAAAUAACGGUGUUUAGCUAAUUGUUGCAAGCAAUUGCAUAAUAACAGCUACGAUAUAGUUGGACAGCAAAUAUUAUGGCCAAAGCCAGUUUCUGGCAUUUCAAAAAUAAUGCAAUAAAAACUAGUCGAGGUUAGCUGAGACUGGAAAUGCCUUUUCCAUGGUAAAUGAUUCAUUUCUGUCAUGUGUGUAUGUGUGCGUGUGUGUGCGUGUGCGUGUGCGUGUGGUUUUGUUUUGUGUUUUGUUAGUUUUUAUUCUGGAUUCAUUUCCUGAUCUUGAAUCAAAAGGUCAGAUCAAUGAAAUAUGAACUAAAGUAUUUUUCUUAAGCCUACUGAGUGAUUUAUUUUUUGAAAAUGUUUAAAUGUAUAUGCUUCUCUUUCAGCACAUGCAACAGCAAAACUUUUGUAAUAACUAUCUUAACUUUGCAUGUAUGGAGAACUGAAAGUCAUCUAUUUCCCUAACUUAUUCUUCUGAAUAACAGAUGGCAGAUCAUAAACUGAAAUUCUUUAUUGUAUCCACAUACUCCAUAUUCUUUACUGUGUCCUACGACUGUAUCUCAGCUCCCUGCUAUAUUAAACACCAUCCUAAGCA